AUGGUAUUAGUUCAUGUCGGAUAUCUGGUUCUUCCCGUAUUUGGCUCAGUAAGAAACAGAGGAGCACACUUCAGCAGGCACCAGCAUAGCCAUGCUACCUCCUGCCGCCAUUUUCACUUAGCUGCCACAGCAGCACCCAUCCCUGCCGAGUUCCCGCCCCCUCCCCUAGCUCCGCCCCAGUACCAGGAAGUCCCACCCUCUUUCCUACCUCAGGCCUUACAGCAGCAAUACCUCAUCCAGCAGCAGCUAUUGCAUCAGCGCAGGUACAGACACCUCGCCCCUGUGUCUAUCAGACGCACGCAAGACCGUGUACCCAUGAAUACACAUCGUUUACGUCCAGGAUAUGAAUAUACCCCACCCCUGCACGUUCCUCAGCCAAUCACACAACAGCCCAGAUACCUUGCAGAGGGCACUGAUUGGGAUCUAAGUGUGGAUGCUGGGUUGUCUCAUCAGUAUCCACUGCAACAAAUUCAGCCAUACCAGCACUACCUGGCGUCUCCCAGAAUGCAUCACUUUCCCAGAAACACCUCCUCCACACAAGUGGUGGUCCAUGAGAUCAGAAACUAUCCAUACCCUCAGCUCCAUCUGCUGGCCUUACAAAGCCUGAGCCCAAACCGCCAUGCUACUGCUGUACGAGAGAGUUAUGAGGAGCUGCUGCAGUUGGAGGAUCGGUUGGGGAGUGUGAGUCGUGGAGCCAUACAGACCACCAUUGAGAGAUUCACAUUCCCACACAAAUACAAGAAGAGGAAGCCACUGGAGCUGAAGUUGUGUGAAGAUGAGGAGGAAUCAGAUGUUGAUGAGAAAUGUACCAUCUGCCUCUCUAUGUUAGAGGAUGGAGAGGAUGUCAGGAGACUACCCUGCAUGCAUCUCUUCCACCAAGCAUGCGUGGAUCAGUGGUUGGCCACCAGUAGGAAAUGUCCUAUCUGUCGUGUGGACAUCCAGACACAGCUCACGCCAGACAGCUGA